AUGCUAAUAUUGAAUGUAAUUAAAUUUAAAUUUUGCUUUCUUUUUACAUUAUUAUUGACACUAUCAAUAUUUCGUCUAACAACUUCUGUCAUACUUACAUCAAGACCAACUGCUGUAGAGUUAGCAGAAGGAAUUGAUGAUGUAAUUUCACAUGCCUUUGUCCAAACUGGUAGUGAAUUAUAUUAUCUUAGUAAUGAUGAUGAUUUCUCAAUUUCAUUGGAUGAAAAAAAAGAAACAACUACAUCAAAUUUAAUAUUAGAUCCUGAAGAAUUGGAUUUUGGUGAAUGUUAUAUGGGUGUUCCUAAAGUUUUAACAGUAAAAAUUUACAAUCCUACUGAUAAAACAAUCCAUUUUAAAGGUAUUUCAGGAAAUUUUGCUCAUUUUCAUUCAAGUUUUACUACAAAAAAAGAUCUUGCUCCAAAUGAAGAAACUACAUUUGAUGUUAUAUUUUUAUCCAGAACAGAAAGAUGGGUAGAAGAUUUUAUCAUUAUACAUUUAGAGACAGGUUAUCUAAAACUUCCUGUUAAAGGACAAGGAAAAAAAACUCCAUAUAGGUUAAAGAAACAAAUUGUUGCAACUGUACCAAUGAAUAGUAGUUUUAUUUCACCAAUAACCAUUUAUAACCCUCAUCCAAAAUUACUACGGAUAACAGAGAUAAUAUCAAGUCAUAAUGAUGUACAUUUAGAAUUACCUGAUAGUAAGACAAUUAAAGAGAUAUCAGUAGAUAGUUGGGAAAUAGAACCAUUUACAACAAAAACUUUAAUUAAUGCAAAAAUUCUUGGUGCUCAUGAGCAAAAUCUUUUAUCCUAUAUAACAUUAAAGACAAAACUUAUUGAUAAAGAUAGAAAAAAAUUUAUUAAAAGUAAAUUUAGUGAUACAUUUGAAAAUUCUGUAGCAGAUAAUAUUAUUAUACCUGUUGAUGUUAAAGUUGAACAAAAAAUUUCUAUUUAUUCAACAACAGAUUUAAUAGAUUUUGGUUUAAUUAAAGCAGGAAUGAAUAGCAAAGAUGUAAAAAACAUUGAAUUAUUCAGUACAUUAUCAAAAAGUAUUGAUGUUCAGUCUGUAACAUUUGAGGGUAAUAAUGAUUUUCACAAUAUUAAUAUCAAUUUUGAUCCUAAAAAUAAAGUAGCAAUAUCACCAUCUAUGGAUAAUAAACCAGGAGCACCAGUAAAAAUUUGUAAAGUUCAAAUGAUAACCUUACCUUAUAUUAAUUAUCUCAAACGUGUACAUGAUCUUCCUGCUAUUGCAGAAGUUUAUAUGAAAGGAAAAAUUAUUGUUACAUUUAAGCAUGCUUCUUUUAAUGUAACAAUACCAUAUAUCGCAACUGUUUAUUCGGGGUAUGUUUUAUUAAAAAAUUUAAAAAAAAAUAUUUAA